AUGCACCUACACGGGUACAGCUUCUACGUGGUCGGGAGAGGGUCUGGUAACUUUGACAGGCACAAGGACCCGGCCACGUACAACUUGGACGACCCACCGUACCAGAACACGGUCUCCGUGCCCAAGGCUGGUUGGGCCGCAAUCCGCUUCCGGGCGGCGAAUCCAGGUGUAUGGUUCAUGCAUUGCCAUUUUGAGCGACACAUGGUGUGGGGGAUGGAGACCGUGUUUAUUGUGAAGAACGGCAAGGCUGAAGAAGCUCAUAUCAUGCCGCCACCUCCAAAUAUGCCAAAGUGCUGA